AUGCCAGGAGACUAUGGCAGCACGUCCACUCUAGAAGACUAUGGCAGCUUGUCCACACCAGGAGAAUAUGGCAGCCCAUCCACUCUACAAGACUAUGGCAGCACGUCCACUCUAGAAGACUAUGGCAGCUCAUCCACUCUACAAGACUAUGACAGCUCGUUCACUCUAGAAGACUAUGGCAGCGCGUCCACUCUAGAAGACUAUGGCAGCUCAUCCACUCUAGAAGACUAUGGCAGCUCAUCCACUCUUGAAGACUAUGGCAGCUCGUCCACUCUAGAAGACUAUGGGAGCUCAUCCACUCUAGAAGACUAUGGCAGCUCAUCCACUCUAGAAGACUAUGGCAGCUCAUCCACUCUUGAAGACUAUGGCAGCUCGUCCACUCUAGAAGACUAUGGGAGCUCAUCCACUCUAGAAGACUAUGGCAGCUCAUCCACUCUAGAAGACUAUGGCAGCUCAUCCACUCUAGAAGACUAUGGCAGCUCAUCCACACCAGGAGACUAUGGCAGCUCAUCCACACCAGGAGACUAUGGCAGCUCAUCCACACCAGGAGACUAUGGCAGCUCAUCAAUGCCAGGAGACUAUGGCAGCUCGUCCAAGCCAGGAGACUAUCGCAGCUCAUCCACUCUAGAAGAUUAUAGCAGUUCGUCCACUCUAGAAGACUUUGACAGCUCAUCCACACCAGGAGACUAUGGCAGCUCAUCCGCACCAGGAGACUAUGGAGAAUAUAGCAGCCCAUCCACUCUAGAAGACUAUGGCAGCACGUCCACUCUAGAAGACUAUGGCAGCUUGUCCACACCAGGAGACUAUGGCAGCUCAUCCACUCUAGAAGACUAUGGCAGCUCAUCCACUCUAGAAGACUAUAACAACUCAUCCACGCCAGGAGACUAUGGCAGCUCGUCCAUGCUAGGAGACUAUCGCAGCUCAUCCACUCUAGAAGAUUAUAGCAGUUCGUCCACUCUAGAAGACUUUGACAGCUCAUCCACACCAGGAGACUAUGGCAGCUCAUCCGCACCAGGAGACUAUGGCAGCUAA